GUAGGUUGUGCAGAACCUGCAGUUUCAGUUUGUUUUAUUCACCAUUUUGUGUAGCUGAGGGUAAAAUUAAACUAAAAUUCCUUUUAAAGCACAUUUCUUCCUUUUAUUUUUUUUGUUUUACGCGUGGAAUUGGGCGAUUUUAUGUGACGUUGCAUCACGUCCAUAAUAGCAAAAUUGAACGUUUUAAUUUUUAUUUUCCUUGGAUUUUUCCCUUUUUACAUUUUUUAACCUCUACAGUAUUUCUGCAAAAUGUCAAGACCAGUAAGGAACAGGAAGGUGGUGAAUUACUCGCAGUUCAAUGAGUCCGACGAUGCAGACGAGGAGUAUGGCAGAGACUCGGAGAGAGCCAAAAAGAUGCGCGCGACCCCGCGAGAAGUGAAGCACAAGAAGAGGCCGGGGAAGAACUCUCAGGAGGACAGCGAUGAUUCUGAUGACAAACUUUCAAAAUCCAAAAAUGAUUCUGCUGAUGACUUCGGUAGUGAUGAAGACAAUGACUUUGGCGAGGAGGAAGAGGAGGAAGGGGGCAGCGACUACGACACCAAAAGGGGCAAGAAGGGGAAGAAAGUGAGCAGGAGGUCACUGAAGAGGAAACGAGAUGCAGACGACAGCGACGACGAUCGCGAGGUGAGCAAGAAGGUGCGGCAGGUCCGGCAGGCCGCCUCCAAGGCCGUGUCCAAACAGAGGGAGAUGCUGCUGGGGGACGGGGGCAGCGAGGACGAGGACCGCGAGGAUGACGAGCAGGCCCUCCUGGACCAGUCGGAGGGCAGCGACGAGGACUUCAUGGUGGACGACGACGAUGACAGCGACUACGGCCACUCCAAGAAGAGGAGCAAGAAGGUGAUCAGGAGAAGUAGGCCCGAGAGGAAGGAGAAGAAGUCCCCCAAGCCCAGACUAAAGGCCACAGUGACCCCCAGCCCCAUGAAAGGCAAGGGAAAGGGCCGCCCCAGUGCGGCCAAGGCCCUGGAGAAGUCCUCGCCCAAAGAGGAGGGGGACCCCGACAGCGCCCCCGAGGAAGAGGAGGAGGACGAGGUGGAGAAGAGAGAGACCCCUCCCCCCAAGAAGACAGAGGAGGCGCCCGAGGAAGAGGACGACGUAUCGGAAGAGGAAGCACCCUCUGGGGAAGACUAGCCGGUCCCAGGCAGCAAAACCCCUCGCUCUGUUUUACCUUUUAGUCUUUAGGUCUUUUUUUUUUUUUCCUCCCUUCUCCUCUUCUUUUUUUUUUUUUCCUUUUUUUUUUCUUUAGCGUUAGAAGAUUUCAGUUUCCGUGUUGGCCUGGCUCAAUGGUUUGGACAUUUUACUUCAUUUUUUUGCUUUUAUAUAGCCUUUCUUUAAGGACUUUUGAGUGUGUGCGUGUGUUUGUGCGCAUGCAUCCAUGCGUGUGUGGCGUGCUUGCGUGCUUGUGUGUGUGCAUGCGUGUGUGUGUGGUAGAACGAGUAAAUGGUGAACAGAAAAUAAGAACAGAGCCUAUUUUACAGAUGUAGGAUCACAAGCACACCUGUGUCUGACAAGGGCAGCUGCUUAUCUGAGGUCUCAGAUUUUAGUUUUUUUUUCUUCUUUCCCCCUCUCCACAGUGAUUUUGAAGUUGUAGCCCAAUUUGUAUAAAAAGAUGAGUGAAUGGAUUAGAACAAAUUUCCAGUAGGCGGUCCAAUAUUAAGACCAACGCUAGCUGGUGUCAGUCUUCGCCUCAGUUAGGGCUGGCAAGGAGCUUCAGUAAAUCUCCCAGUCGAAGGCUGAUGACUGACUUCUUUUUUCUUUUUUCUUUUUUUAAGCUGCAGCCGUCCUACUAGCAGGUUGAUUAGGGAAAAGGCCACGUGUCGAAAAGCCCUGGCGGCCGCCCCAGUGAUUGUAACGACACUGUUAAGCUGGCUCGAGUGUCAGAGAGAAGCUUGAGCAGCGUUAUCCAUGGAAAAAUGAUUCAGUGCUGUUCGCGGUCCCGACGGACGCCUCGGUAGAAAUUGAGCGGUGGAGAAAAACUAUUCCAUCGUGAAGCUGUUUGUUUAUCUUUUGUAAAACACUAUCCACCUUCAGUCGGUUCCCCUAAUUCACUGUGGACGAACAGAUAUGUUUUCAGACGAUGCUGUGUGUGUGUGUGUGUGUGUGUGUGUGUGUAUGCAUCUGCAUGCAUGAGAGUUUUUGUUUGGCUGUUCUACUAGUGCGGCUGACGGUACUUGGUUUUUGCCCUUUCAAAGGGGUGAAAAUCCUGCUUCAAUAUCAGAAAGAAAUCAUAACUUUAUUUAAACAUUUAUGAAUUGUCCACACAUCAUGGAAUUAAAUUGAAUACUCACCUUUACUCACCUGUGUUGUUAAGCUGAAGCUACAUUCCUGUAUUUGAGAGCUCAUAUCGCGUCAUUGCGCAGGGGACAUGCCUGUGCACGUGUACACAGUGCAGUAUUUUAGUGUUAUUGUGAGGGAGAGGAAAGAGCUGUUAGAAUGACCUGUACUCGACCUGUAAUGUGUGGUGAUUAAGUAUGGGUUACCAUAACAGUCCACUGUACAGGCCUGCUCGAGCAGUGGCCUUAUGGCACGAAAUAUCAUGUUUAUCCACAAGGGGGCAGUGCUGCCAUUUAAAAAAAAAAAAAAAAAACAUUUUUCUUCUUUUAUUUUUUCAGUAAAUGAUUUUGGACUGUUGUAGCUGCUUACGUUUCCAGACAAAGAUGGUGGAGGCUUUGCAGGGGACUUGCUUAAGCCAGCCUGCUGAUGUUCUGUGUGUCGAUCAUGGCCAAUCGAGUUGAGGGGCACGGGUGCAUUGAAAGGCCCCUCUGGGCGCUUUCUCUGAGGGAGGGGUUUUGUUGGGACGUGCUGAGCAUUAACAAACCGCCCAUUCGGUUUGUGUGCUUCCAGUAUCCGACAUCCCAACAUCCAAAUGUAAUUCCUCGUGUUUAAUUUCAUACUGCCGAUUUUUUCAGACUUUCAUUCUUGCUCCGGAUAAUUGUUUAAAACGGACUGUGUGUUUGUGUACACACACUCACACACACACACACACACGCAUGCACACAGUAAAGAGUUGUAAGGUAAUGGAUCAUUUAAUGAAUACAAAAUAAAUAAGGAGGGGCCUUUGGUGCUGUCCCAAACAUGGCAGGCAUCUAUCAUGGUUCAAGCCUUUGUGCCAGGCAUCGUUUAUUUUGUUUGAUUUCACAAAAGUCCUUUUGUUUUGCUUGGUUUCUUUUGUUUUGUUUUUUUUUUGUUUGUUUUUUGUUUUCAAUUUUCUUCAAUUCAGAUUUUUUGUAAUGUUUGUUUUUUAUGAAAAAAAUAAAAUGUAUCUUGAUUUUAAAGAAAAAAAAAACCUAAAUCAUAUCUCUUUACUAAAGAAUUUGGAAAGGGAGGUUGAACGGGUCAGUCAUAAAAGGUUCUGCCCCACGCUUCUGUCCCACCCUAAUGGUCUCCCCUUUGACGCUUUCUCCCCCGGUCUCUGUCUCGGUGACACACUGGUGGAAAACUCAAUUUUAAAGCCUUUGUGGGAAUGUUUUAAAUUACUCUUACUGCGUGUUGUGAGUUCAACUAUCGCCUUUUUUCUUCUGGUUAUGUUUUCCACACGCGACAAGCAUCUCCAAGAUGGUGGUGUGAAGUGGAAUUAUCUUUGUAAAAAUGUUUUACUAUGCCUGUAUAUUGUCCUUAGUUAAAAGCUGCUAAUUCUGAAAAGCUUCUGUCUCUCUCUCUCUCUCUCUCUCUCUCUCUUCCUCUCUUUCCUUCUCUCUGACGAUCGGUUUCAUUGUCAAUGCCUUAAUUUGUGUCUUGUCUGGCAAACGGCGACGUGACAGAAGAAUGACCUACCCUGGCCGACGUGGUGGAGACCUGGAGAGAUUUAAGCGGUGGUAGACCCAGGUGUGGGGUGGACCGGGUGCGUGGUGGCAGAACCAUCCUUCAUGUUACAUGGAGAGUGAUGCCAGCAACUAAGAGCUGGCCAGUUUGUACCUCUUUCUGCAAGAUUCAGAGCUCGGAGAUUGUGUCUAGCGCCCCCUGUGGGAUGAACUCGGCUAACGCAAUGUUCUUUCAACGCUGAGAAGAUUUGUGCUUUAGCCAAGGACGAGAUGACUUGCUGCAAUCCAGUACAUGUUUGCUGUACUGUACAUCUAUGGUCAGUUGCGGUCACACAGUUGUUUUUUUUUUGUGCAUUGGUAUAUUUGAAUUCAAAUUUCACUGUCAAGUUUACUUGAUUACAGAAAGCGCAAAGUGUGGAAUUACAAAAAAAAAAACAAAAAAAAACAGCAGCAACCAAGAAUCUUGUAAUUAUUGUUAAAAUGAAAUGACCCAAAAAUUGUAUCCUGUGGUUUUUGUGUUUCAUAGUUGUAUGUGACAUGCAACUGGACAACAAUUGCUCACAUUUGCGUCCAUUUCAAAUGGGCAGUGUGUACAUUAGUACGUUCGCGCGUGUCAGUUAGACGGUUAUAAGAUGAGGGGGAGGACUGUGUGAGGCUGUACUGGAAAUAGAGGCGUUUCCUUUAUACCUAGAUCUGUUCUUUUCCUACAGUUGCUUUGCUACAGAGGUAUAAGUGUUCCAGUGACUGUCCAAUAAAAAGCAUUUUGUAGCGCGCCCCCCCCCCCCUUUCCUCUUACUGAAAGUCAUGCCGGUGUGCUUUUCUUGUAGGCGUUGCAUAGGCUAUGUAUGAUGGACUUUUUUUUUUUAGGGUGAGGGGGGUGCUGUCUUUAAGACCUAGCCUCCUUACCCAAAAAAUAAGUACCUGCUUUUUUAGUCAGUUGAGCCCACAAGUGUAACUGAUGGGACGUCCUGUGCCGGCCCUAUCCUGCGAUCUCUGUUGAUGAGCCUGCUAUUUUCAGUUUGCUUGUGCAAUGUUUUAUAUUGUGCGCCAAAGCAGCAACGUCCGUGUCCAGUUUUUGCCCAUUUGAUUUUGUCGAGCGCUGCAGCAAAAUAGCACUGCACGUUGUGUAGCAUUAUCAUCAUUUACCGUGACGCUCACGCGCUAUUGCACUUCCUUUGGUUUUCCACGUGUAAAACCAGUCCUUGUGUAUUCUGAAGCUCGCAGCAGAAUCUGUCCUUUAAAUAGAUUAGUCUAGUGCCGGGAUCGUGAAGUCUGCGCGAGGUCUCUUUGGGGCGAAUGCUCGGUCGCAACGAACCGCUUCGCUUAUUGGUGGCGCGUGACAGUCCGCGGACGUUUAGCUGCUGCUGCUGCUGCUGCAAUCAAAUGGGGGGAAUUAGAUGGCCUUUGGCGCACGUCGUUGGCGGGAAGGAAGGCCGCUGUGUCCGAACCACGGUGACUUUGAGUCCGACGCUGAGCUGCUUUUAGAUUUUGACACUAACAGGCGGCGCAUCGUAUCGGACGCACGUUUUUAUUCAGCGCUGAAUGUGACCGAGACCAAACGCUUUUUUUCAAAACCAAGAAACGAAACUAAAUUUUUCAAGACCGAGACUUGAGAUUUAAGACCACAAGUUAAAGUGGUAAAGACCAAAACCAGUCCCUGGCCUCGAGUGUCUUUUUUUUUCUUCUUUUUUUUAUCCGUCUGGAAAUGUGAUGAAAUAUCACGAAAAGAUGAUAAAUGGUUGAUGUCAAAUCAAUUUCCAAUUAGGGCAAAAUGGUGAUUUGUGAAACCAUGUGAGUAAAUUUACAAGUGAAAACAGUUUCCCUGAUUGCAAUCAUCAAAUGGAGGGAUGAUGUAUAUGAACACUUUUUAAAUGUAGAGUUCCUUUCACCCAAGUCUGACAGAUUCAGAAUUGGUGGGGUAAAUUCAUUGUAAAGACAUGUACACAGUUGUGAUGAAUGUCAAUGUUUUCUUUUGUGUAGACGCUAAGCUAGUUCAUGGGAUACCUCUUGACUAUUUCCCAAGAAAAGGAAAAGGAAAAAAAAAAAUCAUCGCUAAAUGUCCUUGAGAGUAACCUUAAGAAAAACGGGUCAGGGAGUCGUGAAGAGGCAUUUGUUUUGAUUAAGGGAAUACGUUUUAUACCGCUUUUAAGUGAAAACAUAAACAUUGUGCUUAGUAUGGGAUUUUUCUUUCUAAACGGCAGUUGUUUUCAUUUUGACAAGAAAGAAAAAGUGGAACAAAUUACAGUAAUCUUUGUGUGCUGGCAAUGUAACUAUGCCCAUUGUGCGUCCUGCUGGUAAGGGUACUGAAAAAGAAGCCUUUUGUCAACAAUGUCUAAAAGGAGUUAACUGCUGAACUGUGGUGCAUGUUUUGGAGAAGAUGUGGGGAAGGCAAUACAGUGGUUCAUGGUAUUAAUGAUGACAGUGAUGUUGAUGAUGAUUAAUGGUUUCCCAGCUUCUAAUAAAAGCAACCUACUUUUUA